AUGCGUCUUCUCGAGAAAGGUCACCAAGCUUCGCUUCUAAUGGGUUCUGAUCAUUGUAAAAGUAGUAAGACGACGAUGUCGUCUCAACGUUACCCUCUCCGGAGAACUGCCGCCGAUAAUUUCUUGUACUCCGAUAACGAUAACGAGAAGUCAGAUUACGAUUGGCUAGUUACGCCACCAGGCUCACCGAGUAAAAGCCUAAGGUACCAACUCGAUGCACCCGAUGCUAACCCCAUGGUUCUCAAAUCUCAGUUAGAGAACUGCCUUGAGGAAGAGAGGGACAACACAUUAUCCAAAAACCAAACUAUUGGGCUCAAACGACCCUCGUCCUCUAAUAGCUCAAGGUCAACGAGUAGACCUUCCACACCAGCCACAAGGUCAAUGACGCCAACCUCACGUGUCAACUCAACAGCUGCACGUGCUACCUUAACCUCGUCAUCCACCACUAGUAGCUCAAGAUCAACGAGCAGACCUUCUACGCCGACCAGAAGGCCUUCUAGCUCUGGAACCUCACGUGCCACCUCAACAGCUGCACGUGCCACAUCCACCUCUACUAGUACCGCACAACAAACCACUGGUACAGCCACCUCUACUCGAUCCAGCUCCCGGCCAAUGUCGGCACCCAAUACAAAACCGGGAUCGAGGCCAAGUACUCCAACUCGCCGUCCACCAAAUCCCACCGGUACAUCAACUGUAUUGCGGAGUAAACCAACUAAACCGGUAUGUAAACCGGCUCCCUCACCUACGUUGAGAUCAAGGCCAUGGGAACCUUACGAGAUGCCUGGUUUCUCUCUAGAAGCGCCGUCAAAUCUUAGGACUACGUUACCAGACAGACCAAGAACGGCUUCUAGUGGCAGAUCAACCAUAGCGUUUGGUGCGUCUAGUUCAAGAUCAGCGUCCAAAGAACGCGCGGUUGCUAGGAGGCAGUCUUGUUCACCUUCUAGAAACCGAGCUCCGAUUGGAAACGCAAACGAAGCUGUUCCUUUGCUGCGUGGACGACGAGCAAAGACGAGCAACAAUGAUGGAGGUUUGAUCAGUCCUGUAGCUAAAGGGGAUCAAAUGGUCGAGAGAGUUGUGAAUGUGAGAAAACUUGCUCCACCGCGACUGACAGAAAACGGCGGCCGUGGAGGUAAGAAGUUGAGUUCGGAGUCUGAUGGUUUAGGUUUUGGGAGAAACCUAUCAAAAAGCUCCUUCGAUAUGGCUUUGAGACAUAAGGAUAUCAAACGAGGGAGCAUGAUGGGCAAUAUCCAAACGCUAGUGACGAAAGUUCCGGCAGCUUCAUUGUACAGUGUGAAAUCAUCAGGGACCAGGAGAAAGCGGCCGGUGAGCAGCAGCGGGAGCUCGGAAUCGAGUGUCAACAUCUUGUGCUUAGACGGUAGCGACGAUAAUCUCAGCGACAUAAGCUACUAA